AUGUCCGGCCAAGAGACUCGCCAAUGGGUCCUCGCCAACCCACCGGAGGGUGAACCCAUCAUCUCAGGCGAAAACGCAACCUUCAAACUCCAAACCACGACUCUCCCGCCGCCAGGCCCGGACGAAGUCCUGCUAAAAACCCUCUACUUCUCCAACGACCCCGCCCAACGCGCCUGGAUCAUCACAAACAUCGAGCCCGAGCGCCUCUACCUGCCCCCCGUACAAAAGGGCGAAGCAAUGCGCUCAGGCGCCAUCUGCGAAGUCGUAACCUCCAACAGCACCUCGCUGAAACCCGGACAGCUCGUCCUGGACUUCCUACUUAGCUGGUCCGAGUACCUGGUUGUCCCUGCCAACACCGUGCGGCCCAUCCAUCCGGACCCCAGCGCCGGGACGCGAGCGACGCAUUUUGUUGGUGCGCUCGGCGCGACGGGUCUGACGGCGUAUUAUGGACUUGUCGAUGUUGCGCGCGCCACUGCUGCCGAUACCGUGGUUGUGUCUGGGGCUGCGGGUGCGACGGGUUCGCUGGUUGUUCAGAUUGCAAAGCAUAUUAUUGGGUGCAAGCGCGUCAUUGGUAUUGCGGGCGGGGCGCAAAAGUGCAAGUGGGUUGAGAGUCUGGGUGCAGACGCGUGUGUUGACUACCAGUCUGCGUCUUUCAAGCAGGACCUGAGAGCUGCGACUGAGGGAUACGUCGAUGUCUACUUUGAUAAUGUGGGCGGCGAGAUCUUGUCGCUUAUGCUUACCCGUAUGAAGAAGUUUGGGCGUGUUGCGGCUUGUGGUGCUGUGUCGACGUAUAACUCUGGUGAUGGCGGUGUUAUGAAUUGGGUUGAUGUUAUUAGUAAUCGGAUUGAGGUCAAGGGGUUUAUUCUGCUGGAUGCGAUGGAGCAGGGGAAGACGGGGGCUAUGAUUGAGGAACUUGUCAAGGCGGCGAAGGAGGGCAAGAUUCAGUUAGGACCGGAGACGGAGACGGUGGUGCCGACGAAGUUUGAAGAUGUGCCCAAGACAUGGGUUAUGUUGUUUAAUGGAGGGAAUACGGGUAAAUUAAUUACAGAGUUGAAGGGGUAA